AUGAAACUUUUGAGAACAAACAUUUUUAGUGCCCAAAAUUUUUUGUUCAGAAAUAAUUAUGCACAUGUAUUCAACAGUCUUCAUAACAAAAAGAACUUCACUUCAGACAAUGGAAAAAAUGAUAAUACAAAAAAAAAAAGACCAAAUGGAUUACAAGUUGAUUGUGAAAUAAAAAGUCCACUGAAAGAAUUUUUAAAUGCUGAUACAGCAUCAAGAGUUUUUGUUUUAAAAUAUGCUUGGAAAUAUAUCAAGGAUAAUAAUUUACAAAAUCCAAACAUGAAAAGAAAAAUUAUACCAGAUAAUAAAUUAAAACAAGUACUAGAUAAAGAUGAAGUCGAUAUUUUAGAAGUUCCAAAAUUGUUAUUUAAACAUAUGUCAUCUAUUAGAAAGGAAUAA